CUUCUCCAUUGCCAAAAUUCUCUCUUCUUUCUCUCUCUCUCCCUCUCUCUCACACACACACUUCUCUCUCUUUCACACAGAAACACAUUGAGUAAAUAUGACAUUAUUUCACUUUUUCAACUGCGCGAUUCUGACUUUUGGCCCUCACGCCGUCUACUACUCAGCUACGCCGUUAUCUGAAUAUGAUACAAUCGGCACUUCGAUUAGAACAGGUGUCGUUUAUCUCGUAACGGCGUUGGUGAAGCUUGUUUGUCUUGCAACGUUUCUUAAGGUAUCUGAAAGCGACACUUUCGAUCCAUAUCAGGAAUUGUUGAAAGCGUUGAUUGGGUUCGUAGAUGUUGCCGGGAUUUAUUUCGCCUUGACACAAUUGACUCACAGGAAUAUCUCUCAAAAUCACAAAUUCCAAGCGGUUGGGCUCGGUUGGGCUUUUGCCGAUGCUGUCCUGCAUAGGCUGGCACCCCUUUGGGUAGGUGCUAGAGGUUUAGAAUUCACAUGGGACUACAUCUUGCAGGGUCUCGAAGCAAAUGCCAAUUUGGUGUUGAGUAUAUCACUUGCUUCGUUGAGCUCUUUGAUGUGGCUUAGGAAAAACAAGCCCAAAACCUUGAUUCCGAUUAUAUACGCUUGUGCAGGGAUUUUGGCAACAAUGCCAUCUAUCACAAGCUAUAUGAGACGGGGAUUGGAAUGGCAAUUCCCAAAAGUAGUAGGAUUCGAGCUUUUCACUUCGUUGGCGAUGGCUUUCGUCAGCUGGCAGCUAUUUUCUGCUUGUCAAAGACCGUCUAACUGAGACAAGACCCAGAAAUUAAACAUAUGUUUUUUUUUACGGAAGAAGCAAAUUUCUAUGAAUAGCUUUUUAUCAGAAGUAUUAUCUUUGUAUUUACAUUUUUUUUGGACAGUAAAAUUAACUGUAUUACACUGUUGAUUUCAGUCAAUGGUAAAAUAGCUUCUAGUAAUCUUAGUAAAAUAGCCUCUGUUUGCCCACACAUAAGCGAUAUUUGUACUUUUUUUCGUCUUCUUCCGUAAACUUCGACUGCAAUUGCCCACACAUAAGCGAUAUUUGUACUUUCUUU